CACACUUCAAAGUAGAACAGCUCUAUAACUUCCCGCUAGCCCUGUGGGUGCAACAUCAACAGGCCACCGAAACUCUUAAACCAACCAUGAAUGACGUUGGGGACUAUGACUUUAACGAAAAUAUGCCGGACUUUAACAUGUCUGAUUAUAAUUACACACUGCCUGAGAUUCCUCACACUUUGGCCCUCGAGAUUCAACCGAUCCAGAUAGCGGCUUUGGUUUUCUACGGCCUUGUGGUCCUGCUGGGUGUGCCUGGAAACGCGCUGGUGGUGUGGGUGACGGGCUUCUGCAUGCAACGCUCUGUCACUUCCCUCUGGUUUCUCAACCUCGCCCUGGCUGAUCUUCUGUGCUGCCUCUCCCUCCCCUUGCUCAUGGUCCCUCUAGCCCACGAUGACCACUGGCACUUUGGCCCGCUGGCCUGCACAAUGGUCAAAGGCCUGUUUUACCUGGUGAUGUACUGCAGUGUCCUGCAGCUGGUUUUGAUCAGUGUGGAUCGCUGGAUGCUGGUCAGCAAACCCGUGUGGUGUCAGAACCGCAGGCGACCUAAGCAGGCUGCGUGCACGUGCGUUGCUGUCUGGUGCCUGGCCCUAAUUGGCAGCAUCCCCCAGUUUGUCUACACCAAGGAGAUCGAGGCAGGUGCAGACAAGCGAGAGUGCGUGGCAAGGUACACUGUAGUCAGUGCCUGGCUCGUCACCUGCUUUCGCUUCUUCGUGGGAUUCUUCCUCCCAUUCCUGGUGAUUGUAGUCUGUCACUUGGUGGUGUACAUGAGGGCCGAGAGAGGACUGACCCGUGGACGGACCCGCUCCAAGAGAACAGUGAGGGUCAUCCUAGCAGUGGUGCUGAGCUUCUUCCUGUGCUGGCUCCCGCUACACAUUGUUGACUUCCUCAUAUUGGUGACCCCUCGAAAUUCCGCUCACAGCCCUGCAGUUUACCAGGCACACGUACUGACACUCUGCCUGGCGUAUUUCAACAGUUGCCUCAACCCACUGCUCUAUGUGUGUCUGGGCAGGGGCUUCAAAGACAGCAUGAACCGCUCCCUGCGCAACAUGCUCCACUUCAUCAGCGAGGAUCCUACGACCAGAGUGAGCAUCACUAAUACCGAAACCAAGAGCACAAGCAAUGGAAAGGAGAUGACUAAAAUCUGAGGGCAUAUUGACUUUGAUACACUGUGUCACUGAAUGAUGUUCUUUUUAAAAGAUUUCAGCUUCUCAAAUGUGAAUAUUUUCUGGUUUAUUUACUCUUCUAUGACAGUAAACUGAAUAUAUUUGGGUGGUGGAAAAAAGAAGAUAUUUGAGGACGUUGCCUUGGCCUUUAAGGAACUAUGAUCGACAAUUUUCACAAUUGUUUUGGUCAUAUACAUGUCAAUACAUGUUAGGUCCAAAACAAUGUUAGGUUAAUACAUUAAAAUAAUUGUUAGGUGCAGCCCUAGUUGCAUGUCAGGACUGGGUCAGGAUCAGGAACUAUUGGUCAAUCGGCAGUAUUUCCUGUGAACAUUUGCGUCUCAGGCAACAAAACGCUUAACACUUCUGUUUUUUGUUCUUACAAAAGGGCAAUCUGAGACUGUGUUUCUAUGUAUUUCUGGUCCUCAUUAAGAGGAAUAUAUAAAUGGUUUUAUCUAUGUACUCUUUGUGUGUUGUAAUUCAAGUUUGUUGCAGUGAGAUACUAAGCAUACUGAUCAUUAACAUUAUUUCAUUCUAUCUACAAUUAAUUAUUAAUUCUUGUAACACACAUACACACCAAUAUGAUUACCUCAUGGUACAGUAACUUUACCAUUUACCAUGCCCAGUCACAUCCUCUUGUGUAACAGGAAUAUAGGCUACAUAGACCACAAGAGGGAGCUACAUUCUAAAUAUCUCAUGCUCAAUGGCCAAAGUGCAUGGUGAGUUCUUGGCUGAUUGUUAUAUUGUGACAGACCAUAAAGACAAUUGGUACGAUUUGAGAAGACAUUGAACAGGUAAUCAGCUUAAGUGAUGUUUGUAGGUUUGUCAAAUAAAUGCAAUUCAGACAAAUGCACUUCUACAGAAGUUUAUGAAAUGUAAAUUCAUAAAAAUUUUCUAAUACACGAUGUUUUAAUGAUCUUGUUGUACCAGGGCCAUGCAUUUAAGAAUAAACAAAACAAUAAAAAUGUGUAAAUGUACCAAAA